AAUGUUGAGAUGCGUCUCUCGUUUCUUUAGAGGGCUCCUGGGAGCCUGGUGAUGAGGAUGAGCCCACAGAGGGCUCCUUUGAAGGGCACCAGGCCGCUGUGAACUCCAUGCAGAUAUACAACGGGCUGCUCUACACCUGUUCUGGGGACAAGACUGUGCGCGCUUUCGACCUAAUAACUCGGAAGUGUGUCUCCAUGUUUGAGGGCCACAGCACCAAAGUGAACUGCCUACUGGUUACCCAGAGUGCUGGGAUCCCGGGCAGGCUGUACACCGGCUCCAGCGACCACACCAUCCGCUGCUACUCCAUCAAGACCACAGAGUGUAUUGAGCAGUUCUGCCAGCUGGACCGAGUCCUCUGCUUACACAGCCGCUGGAAGAUCCUGUUCGCUGGGCUGGCCAAUGGCAGCGUGGUCAGCUUCAGUUUGAAGAUGAACAAGCAACUGGAUGUGCUUGAAUGCCACAAUCCGCGGGCAGUGAGCUGCCUAGCCUCGGCUCAGGAGGGGGCGCGCAGGAUCCUGCUGGUGGGCUCCUAUGACUGCACCAUCAGCGUGAGGGACGCCAAGAGCGGCUUGCUGCUGCGCACCCUGGAGGGGCACACCAAGACCGUGCUCUGCAUGAAGGUUGUGAAUGACUUGGUGUUCAGUGGAUCCAGUGACCAGUCUGUUCACGCGCACAACAUCCAUACUGGAGAGCUGGUGCGUAUCUACAAAGGGCACAGCCACGCCGUCACAGUGGUCAGUAUCCUGGGGAAGGUCAUGGUGACGGCCUGCCUGGACAAACUAGUGCGGGUCUACGAGCUACAGUCUCAUGACCGAUUACAAGUUUACGGAGGGCACAAAGACAUGGUCAUGUGUAUGGCAAUCCACAAAAGCAUGAUUUACACCGGGUGCUAUGAUGGGAGUGUCCAAGCCGUGCGGUUAAAUCUCAUGCAGAACUACCGCUGCUGGUGGCACGGCUGCUCCCUCAUUUUCGGGGUAGCGGAUCAUCUGAAGCACCACCUCUUGACAGACCACACCAACGCCAAUUUCCAGACGCUGAAGUGCCGCUGGAGGAACUGCGACACCUUCUUCACUGCCAGGAAUGGGUCCAAGCAGGAUACUCCCAAACACAUGCAGAAACAUGCUGAAGAAGACAGCAAGCUUGACCCAUAAGGAAGUAUUUCUCCUCCCAUAUUGGGAAGCAUUGAAAAA